AUGUUAACUUCCACUGCUUAUGGCAUGGAGCUCCAAGCGCGUGCUAUUGCACCGUUUUACCACUCCUCAAAUAACAGCAGCAGUACUCAUCGGUUCGUUGCCGGAACGGCAUGCUUCGCUGGUGGGAAUGUUAUCCGAUUGCUCACCUUCCAGGAGGAGUCGCAACUACUGGAGUGUACGGCAACGUGGUCUCAUGAGGAAGAGAUUUUUGGUCUGUGGAGUUCUCCAUCGGUUGCCGGCCCCAGUCUUUUGGCUGUGGGGGCUUCUUCUUAUUGCCGCAUCUUUCGCGUGUCGGAUGAUGUCUCUGGUGAGUUGGAGCCUGUUGUUAAUUUUAAUGCGGCUGCUGCGCAAGUUCUUUGGGACCUGGAGGGGCUGCAGAAUGAGGUGAAGUUAAUCUCUGAGGACUCCCUUCGUAUUUAUUCUCUUACUGAAGGUAAGAUGGGGGAAGAAAUUGGCCGCUUCCGCGUUGACGGUUGUGCGGAGCUGCGGUGUGCUGCAUUGGACCCGCAUCACUCCUCUGUGUGUCUUGCUGCGGGUGAGGGAAUUGGAAUCGCUGUUAUAGAUACACGGAGAAAAGGGCCAAUUGUAAUGCCAAACACCACCACGCUCCAUGGUUUAGGAAUGAUACAAAGUAUCGAUUUCAGUAAUGCUCGCGAGGGCCUUUUCAUGACGGCAGGAACCGAUGGAGUUAUCAUGUGGCAUGAUUUUCGCAUGGAUGGGGAAAAGAGCGUGGUUGAAAGGAGGGGAUACUUGGACGCACAUGAUCACUGUGUGCAACGGUCGUUGUUUAAUCCUUUCCACGACGAGUUGUUGAUUUCUUGUGGAUCGGAUCAUACGCUAAAGCUGUGGGACACCUCGAAGAAAGGGGCUGACGGCGAAUGUGCCGUAUGUGUGUCAAAACUCUCUGACUUUGCGGAGUCUGUAGUGGCUUGUUGUUGGAGCAAUUCUAAUCCAUGGGUAUUUGCUGGAUUGUCUUACAAUGGUAGGGUCCUUGUAGAUAGUGUACCUGAAGAGUGUAAAAUGCAAUUUAUUGGAAAGGAGGGUUGA